GUCCAUCGUCCAUCCAGUUUCCGAACGAAGUCAUCAUUAGACGUACGCGUACACAAGAAAGUUUUUGUUGUAUUUUCACUUACAAUAGCGAAAUUGUGUGUUACAAAACAAUAUCGUCAUCAAAACAUUAUUGCUUCAUUCAUAACGAGUUCAUUUUAAAGCAAAGCUUUAAUUAAGUGUCGUUAAUAUUGUAACAUUUUAAUCAUUCGAUCUCGGUCAGAAAGUUACAUCCCAUCCUAAGUUGGAAAGUCUCAACAAGGCCGCUUCAUACAGCUUUUCCAACGUGGGACCGUUCGAGAAACCCGUACAAUGGCGUAAACGCAAAUUAGAAAAUCGGCUAAACAAUUGGCGCGCAAAAACUCCGCCAUCUUGUGGAAUAAAAUGUGACGUAACGCCAUCUAGCGGCUGAUUGGUGAACUAAGUGAAAGUGAAGAUGAAGUUGAACUUGUUCAAGCGGUCGAUGAUUUUCGCGACCUUCUUCGGGUCGUGUUUAUGUAUAGCGCUGAUUGUGGCGUCUUUGGGGACGACGCAUUGGAUAGAUGCGAGGGCGAGGAGGACGUCGAACCCUCUGGAUUCUGAGGGGAGGAUCAGCUUCGGGCUGUUUGAGGGGCACAAGGAGCUCAACUUCGGAUAUGGGUGGAGGAGUCAUAAUUUUAGCGUAAAAGCGGGCACUCACCCGGCGCGGCGCUGGGCUUGGAUGGGCACAGCGGCUCAACUAGCGGCAGCACUCGUAUCAUGUGGCGGCGCCUGCGUACUGGCCGCUUUAGGGUCUGCGGCGCGCACGCGGGCUAUGCCGCGCCCGCUCAUCAUCAGCAACUCGCUGGCAGUACUCUUCACCCUCGGCGCUAUUGCAGUAUGGCUGACGGAGUACUAUCUACGAUUGCAGCACAAUGUGAUGUCAGACGAGGACCUGGCUAACACCUGGAGCUCUGACGGCACUGCUGACCUGGGGUUAUCUUUCUGGCUUGUGGUUGCCGCGUCCAUAUCUGCGUUUGUGAACAACGUUUGCAUCAUGGUCGCCAUGGCCGACGAGCGAGAUGCAGAUACCAUCGCUCCCGCUCUAGAGGAGAAGGUCAACGGGGCUAUCAUGCUAUAUUAACCCGCUGGUCUCGACUGCUGAGAGAAAUGAACAGGAACCAAUCCGUCCAUUGAAACCACACAAAUAAUCGGCACUACUUUGAAAAGAACUCGUAUCUUGUUCUGUCAAUGAAAAGAAAAACCGGCCAAGUGCGAGUCGGACUCGCAAACGAAGGGUUCCGUACCAUUAUCUAUAAAAACGGUCACCCACCCAAGUACUGACCCCGCCCGACGUUGCCUAGCGUCGUUUUUGACCGAACAAACGUGAUUUUUUACCGAAGGGUCAAAGAUCACGUUUGUUGUAUGGGAGCCCCACUUAAAUCUUUAUUUUAUUCUGUUUUUAGUAUUUGUUGUUAUAGCGGCAAAAGAAAUACAUCAUCUGUGAAAAUUUCAGCUGUCUAGCUAUCACAGAUCACGAGAUACAGCCUGGUGACAGACGGACGGACGGACAGCGGAGUCUUAGUAAUAGGGUCCCGUUUUUACCCUUUGGGUACGCAACCCUAAAAAUGUGGUGUCUAUGUAUGGGAUGCACACAGAGUUACCUACUGCCUUUCAACUCUGAGUAGGUAGCAGUGUGAGAUACGAGAUUUUUUCAAAGUAGUGCCUUAAUGUUGGUAUACAAAACGUUUGCUUUAAAAUAAUCACUAAAACUAGCUCAAUACAUCAAACUCCAUUAAUAAUGUAAGCUGUUUCUUGAGUUAAUGUAAGUUGUAGGUUUUGAAGGCUGAACGUUAGAGAUAAGUUUGUGUAGUAAUUUAUAUUACAGUAACAUUUAGUAUUUUUAGCAACUUUUAGAUUUUUUUUGGUACUUAAACUGACUGAGAAUCUCUAUAUUUCAUUGAGUAUUUUUUUAUAGAAAGGGUAUGUAAAAAAGUCCGUCCAUUACAAUAUUAUCUUGUACAGUCAGCAGCAGAAGUUGCUGAGCGGGCGAGGUGUUCAAAAUUACCUUGACACGCUCUUAUUCUCUUAACAAUAAAGACGCGUAAAGAUCAUUUUGAACACCUGGCCCGCUUAGCAACUUCUGCUGCUGAUUGUACAGAUGUAGUAAUUAUAUUCCAUCGUAUUUUCACGGAAACGUACGAAUGUGUCUUGCUAUUUCAGUCAGUCUCCGUACAAAAACUACUGAAGUUGAGUUGAUUGAAGUCGCAUGAUAAAUACGAAAGUUUCCGAGAAAAUACGAUGGAAAAUAAUUAUGCACUACAUCUGUAUCUCACAUAUCUUAGAUAUUUAGAGAAAUUACUUAUGAAAACGUUGAAAAUACUUAUCUCCUUGGAUUUCAGAAUAAAUACUGGUUAUGUCCUUUUGUAAAUUUUGAAGUCCCUAUUAUUUUAUUACCAAUGAUAUUUAUAAUAUAACUCAAGAAAGGUUAUAGGCGUUUCAAAACUCUUAUGGCUCCUCUACACGAUGGGCCAGCGCCGGCCACUCCAAGGGACGCAUGUAUGCGUUAGAGGGAGCAAGUGAUAUUGCUAUCUCAUUCUACCGCAUGGCGGCGUCCCUUGGACUGGCCGGCGCUGGCCCAUCGUGUAGAGGAGCCAUUAGGCAAGCUAUAACUGUGCACGUGCUAACGAGCUCCCGCGCACCGAAAGAGAAAGAGACAAGCAUAUGGUCAACUACGAGUGUAACAAAGAUGCUAUGCAAAAAAAUUAUUAACAAAAACAGUAAUUCAUACUUGUAGGUACUGAAAUAAAUAUGGAGGUUUUUGUGCUCCUUAUGUAUGAGUAUAACCUAUCUAUAGUUUAAUAUCAUUGUUUAUUACCUCAAAUAUUUUAAGACAAUAAGGCCCACUUGCACCAUCUCAAUAACCCGGGGCUAAGCGGUCAAACUGUUAACCCAGUGUCAAAUUGUACUGGUAAUCAUGGUAACUCCAGGUUUAACCGGUUAACCCCGAGUUAGUGGGAUGGUGCAAGUGGCCCUAAGUGUGUUUUUCAGAUUGAUUAAAAAUAAGUCAUCCAGAAAGACUCCGACUUAAGUUUGUCUGAUAGCUUUUGUCUUCUGCGUCUAUGUAAACCGAAUAAGCCCUCUUACACGUAUACAUACAACGCGUCUGGCCAACUCUAUUGUAACACCUGCAGAAGAGUCUUUAAGACCAAGUUCGGCCUGGCCAGCCACAUUUGGGCCCAUAACAGGCGUAAUCCGUAUUUUUUUUUGAGGUCGCCGUCAUCGAAAUCGAUGAGGAGGACUAUUUAUAUAUGUAAACCGACGUAAAGCUCGCUCCACACUCGUGAGCGAGUGUGGAGCGGGCUUAACAGUAGGCCUACCGCGAACACCGAUGUUUGCAAAUUGCGGGCAUCUUUCUCUUUUACUCCAAUUAAGGCGUACUUAAUUAGAGUGACACAGAAACUCGAAAUAUACGAACUUCGAUUUUCGGCCCGGUGCUCGGCUUCGUCAGAUAUAGGCACUAUAUACUUAAUGGUAUGUAAAUAAAACAUACCUAACGUUAUUUAAACUUAAUGUACGUAUUUGUAUUCGUCCAAAGUUAUAACUGUCAGAAUGACAAAGCUCAUGACAAGUCUGCACUGAACUCAAAAAGUAAAAGAUUAAAAAACGAAUGACGCGACCAAGGUUCUUUGUGUUUUCCAUUUUUGGAAGUGUAACAUGGGGAUCCUAUCUCAUCGCAUAAUAAUUGAUUGUCAUAAUGUAAUGUUACGCAUAAAUCUCUUUUCGCAUGUUUUUUCUCCAGCUGAAACAGAAAGUAUUUACGAAAAUAUUUUGCAUAGGUUGUGUAGAAUAGGGUAGGUUAGGUUUGUGUUAUAAUUUUUCAGAAAUGUUAAUAUUUCCAGCACAAUAACCAUUAUGCGAAAUGACUUUUAUGCGUAACAUUACAUUAGGACAAUCAAUUAUCAUGCGACCCAAUAUGGACCCUGUAACAUGUAGCCUAUACUUUGUUCUCCUUUCAUCAAAAUUGGCUCAGUAAUUUCGAACACACGCAACAAAUGUCCCACCACCAAUAUGUACACGAAAUAGUUGGAAAUAUGUAGUACAAAAUAUCGGAAAGUUGUGAAUUCUAUACAUCCAAACAGUCCAAAAACAUGAUAUUGUUUAGUUUUUAAUGUAUGUUAAUAUGUAGAUUUGUCAUGGAGCAUGUUAGUCAUAAUUUAUAUUAGUUGUGCCAUUAGAAUAAGUUUUUUAUAGACCUUUUUUCUUAACUGUUGUGUAAUAAUUUUCCGUAAUUAAAUACUAAUGAUAUUUA